AUGUAUGCUCUUGUUUAUGUCGAUGACAUAAUUUUGACUGGUCCCUCAGCCUCUCUUGUCCAGCAAUUUGUUACCAAGUUGAAGGAUGUUUUUGCCCUAAAAGAUCUUGGACAGCUUGAUUAUUUUCUGGGAAUUGAAGUCAAACAUCAAGCAGAUCAUUCACUACUUCUUUCUCAGCGAAAAUAUAUUCUGGAUCUGCUUGUCAAGUCUCAGAUGGAUGACUGCAGUCCCAUUUCUACUCCCAUGGUGGCUGGUCUCAAGCUCACACGUGAUGGGGACCACCCUUUUCGAGACCCAACACUUUAUCGUUCUACAAUGAGUGCUCUUCAGUGCAUCACUAUAACUCGCCCAGAACUCAGCUUCUCUGUCAAUAAGGUUUGUCAGUUCAUGUCCAAUCCCAAGGAAAAUCACUGGUUAGCAGUCAAGCGCAUUUUGAGGUAUCUUAAGGGAACUCUGCACUUUGGUCUUCAUCUCAAACCUGCUCCCCGCACUGUGACAUUAUCCUUGCUGGGUUUUUGUGAUGCUGAUUGGGCAACUGAUCCAGAUGACCGCCGGUCUACUUCUGGUGCUUGCAUUUUUCUAGGACCCAACCUCAUUACUUGGUGGUCCCGCAAGCAAACAGUGGUUGCUCGCAGCAGCUGUGAAGCUGAAUAUCGGAGUCUUGCUCAGGCAACAGCUGAUCUAUUGUGGCUUCAGUCCCUUCUACAAGAGCUCAAGGUCACAAUCACCUCGCCUACCCUGUUGUGUGAUCAUCUCAGUGCUGUCAUGCUUUCUCACAACCCGGUCCAGCACUCCAGGACCAAGCAUAUGGAGUUAGACCUAUUUUUUGUCUGUGAGAAGGUCAUUGCUAAACAGCUUCAUGUGCAGCAUAUUCCUGCUACCGAUCAGCUGGCUGAUGCCCUUACCAAGCCUCUCCGUACAAAUUUGUUUCAAGAUUUGAGAGCCAAACUGACCGUGACUGAUCUUCCCGGUUCAGUUUGUGGGGGGAGUAUUAGAGAUAAUAGUUGA